CAACUAAAAAGGCCUAGGCCCAAAAUUUGUAUCAGCUCUAUUGGGCCUAAACCCAAUGAGUACAGCUUUCAAGCCCAUUCCAAAUCCAGUUAUUCAUAUCUCUAACAUUUCCCCUUUUCAUAGUGGUGGCCUAGGGUUUUUCUCUCUCGCGGUAUUCACUAGGGUUUCAGGUUAUUAUUCCGAGAUGUCAAGAGUGUAUGUUGGAAAUCUUGAUCCUAGGGUCACUGAAAGAGAACUAGAAGAUGAAUUCCGUGUCUUUGGAGUUAUAAGAAGUGUUUGGGUUGCAAGACGCCCACCUGGUUAUGCUUUUAUUGACUUUGAUGACCGUAGAGAUGCACAAGACGCAAUCAGGGAUCUGGAUGGUAAAAAUGGAUGGAGAGUGGAGCUCUCACAUAAUUCUAGAGGAGAAAGGGGUGGGGGCCGUGGAGGAGGUCGUGGUCGUUCUGGAGGCUCUGAUUUGAAGUGCUAUGAGUGUGGUGAGUCUGGUCAUUUUGCUCGUGAAUGCAGAGUGCGAGGAGGUCCAGGUCCUGGUAAACGUAGAAGUCGUAGCCCUCCUAGAUAUCGGAGGAGCCCAAGUUAUGGUCGCAGGAGUUAUAGUCCUCGUGGACGUUCCCCCAGACGCCGAAGCGUGUCACCUCGUGGCCGUAGUUAUAGCCGAUCUCCAUACCGUGGAAGAGAUGAAGUUCCUUAUUCCAAUGGAAAUGGUGUCAGGGACCGAAUCAGAAGCAGGAGCUGAACAGAGAAGUUGAUUACUUGUCUCAUUCAGGAGUUUUUCGAUGUGUGUUACUAUGCUUGACUUGAUCACAGCUGUGUAAGUGAGGCCAUGCCCUCAACUUCAACGGCUUUAAUUUUCGUAUGGUAUUAUAAGUGUGUUUUUUAAUUUCUCAACUUUUCCCUUUUUAAGAACCAUAAUGUUAGGGACAUAGACCUUUUGUACUUUAUGGCGUCUAUUAUCUUUAGAAAAGAAAUAUCCUAAAGAAUGCUGCUAAAAAUUUACUUUUGUUUUCUUG